AUGCUCGGUUGCGAUGGAAACGUGCUUAACUCUCGUCUGUCAUGCCUCGGACAAAGUUACCAUCUUCGCCAGUUCAUCCCGAUAGACUCUGCGUGCACCAGUUUCGAGCGGCUCACGUCAAGAGACAAUCAAGAAACAGGUACAAGACUGACAUUAAUGGCUCCAAGUGUCUACACCUCGAUGGUAUCCCAUUUACAAGGUCAACCCUGUCUCGGAGUGCGUAAUCUCCGAGACUUCUCGGCUCACAUGGGACAUACCCACGGGUCCGUUAAGCUCACAUUUUUGCUUGACGAGUGA